AUGAACAAUAGUUAUUCUUCAUUUUCUUCCAACGAUUAUUCUUUUGAACAUUAUACACCAUCAAUACCGACAUACGUUUAUCCAACAUCGUUUACUCCAUGUCCUGUUCAUUCGCCUCAUCUAUUCUACUCAUCUUCAACACAAUCGAUGAAUAUGUCUCCUGUUUCAUAUUCGUAUUAUCCACAACAACCGCAAGUAUUCUCUAAUCCUGAACAAAGAUAUACUAAUACCUCAACUAGUACUGACCACACACCACUUCGUCGACAUCAAUGCUUCAAAAAACAUGAACUUCAAAUACUUCAUCAAACCUAUAUUCAAGAUGCGUAUCCAUCCAUCGAUGUUCUUCAACAAUUAGCUACACAAUUAAAUGUUUCUAUGGAGAAAGUUCGUCAAUGGUUCAAGAAUCGACGUCAUAGUGAUAAGCAGAAGAAGCGAACAACUACAUAA